CCGGUGCCCACUCACAACAUGUCAACAGGAUGAAUUGUCGCUUUAUUUGGACUUGAAUCGACAAGCCUCCAAUGUUUUAUUUUGCAAAGCCGACUCCGCGAGUGCAUUAUUCAUCUUGUGCACGGCCUCGCCCCUGAUACUGUUACACAUUCCUCCAUCCGUGAGACGACGCACGCAUUGUAUUUGGCGCAAUUGUAAUCCAUCUCGUAUUUGCAAUAACGGGUUAUAAAUAACCCAGACGGAGAGAGAGGCUCUCUAUGGUGAUGUGCCGAAGGGACCGCGGCGGACCAGAUCGUGGAAAAUAGCACACUCGAUCGGUUGUUCACUAAAAAUGUGCGCGUGACAUCAUUAUCUUUGCAUGUGAACUCUGGGCGGUCCGCAAUUGGUUGGCUACUUUAGAGCCGGGCCCGGCCCUCGAUGAGGGCAGAAAGCUGGAGAUACACACACACGGAGAAGAAAACCAGAGUGACCUGACGGGCUUUUUAAGACUGAAGACGGGCUGCAUUUUUUGGGGGGGAGACCGUACCAACGCCCUCCUGGACCACGUGAUCCUGUCUACGGUGAAAUCAGAGGGGGGCAAAAGGUGUGGAAUCGGAGCGCAAAUUCCUUCCCCGUGCCGCGUACUCCCUCCAGCAGCCGCCGCCGCUGACUCCCCCCUCCGCCCCCGCCCCCGGCCCGCUGCUGCCAUGGAUCGCUCGGUGCAGGAACUCUUCCUCAACUUCAUGGUCGUCUUAAUCACCGUUCUCUUGAUGUGGCUGCUGGUGAAAACAUAUCAGGACUAAAAUGCGGGACAUAAAUAUUCCCCCCGUCUCCUCCGACGGGAGACGGGAGGCAUUGUGUGGAGUCCGCGUGGUUUCUGCCGCUAUUUUAGAUCACAUUUCAGAUCCGGCGUUUACUUCUACGGGAACGCUAUGAUUUUGAGUGAUCAGUUAUCAUAUUAAAGGUAAACUCUGCUGGGAUCGUGGGGCGCCUUCAGAGUUACUUUUGCACGAGGCCUCGCUCAGGAAUUCCAAAACAAAAAUAAUGGAUUCACUGAACAGAAAGCGAUAUCAAAAAAAAUGCAAAAAUCCAUCCAGCGCCUGUUUCCCAAACAACAUAACAUUAUCAAUAACCAAAUGGCAUUUUUGUUAACUCACACACGCUGUUAUGUCUCAGUCGGUGUCAGAUUGUAAAAUAAAUAUAUAUAACCAAAACAAAAAAAAAUUAAAGUUAAUGCUGACUUCUUGCACAAUAAAUUCCUUUUUUGGUUGUGUCUUUCUAUUUUAUUCCCUACACAAAAGUAUUCAUAACAGGGUUUGUGAGACCUGAUCUCCAUCAGUGUAAACAUAGUCUCAUGGCAACGUCUUACAUUUGGGUCGGAACUACAGUGAAGAAAAUAAGUAUUUGAACACCCAGCUAUAUUGCAAGUUCUCCCACUUAGAAAUCACGGAGGGGUCUGAAAUUUUCAUCAUGUCCACUGUGAGAGAGAUAAUAUAAAAAGGAAAAUCCAGAAAUCACAAUGUAUGAUUUUUUUAAACGAUUUCGGCCACGACAGUACCUUGAUAUGCUUCUUACGUAGCCACUCCUUGGUUUUCCCAGCUGUGUGCUUCGGGUCAUUUCCUGUUGAAAGACCCGGCCACAACCCAUCUUCAGUGCUCUGACUGAGGGAAAGAGGUUGUUCCCCAAAAUCUCCCAAUAAAUGGCCGCAGUCGUCCUCUCCUUAAUACAGUGCAAUCGUCCUGUCCCGUGUGCAGAAAAACACCCCAAAAGCAUGAUGCUCUAAUCCCCAUGCUUCACAGUAGGGAUGGUGUUCUUGGGAUGGAACUUCC